CCACAGUUGCUGACAUCCGUUGGAUGAUGGAGAAAAAACCAGAUCUAGCAACCAGUUAGGAGCGCGGUUCAGUUCAAUUUUGAAAACAAACAAACAUACACUCAGCUCCACACACCACACUCACACUGUGUAGUAAAUCGACCGUUGAGGAGAAGAAGAAGAAGAAACAAUGAGAAUGAGACGCCAUGGAUGGCAACGUCCUCUUCACCCUUUACAGUAUGUGGGCAUUGCAAUCUACACUUUCCUCGUGGUUUGUUUCUACACUUUCCUCGGACUCUUCCUCGGAAACCGAACCGCCGAGAUAACACUCACCCUCGUAUUCUCCUUCGUGGCAAUUUCUGUUAUGUUUCUGUUUGUGAGGUGCACUGCGAUUGAUCCAACAGACAGAACUAGCUUCAGGAAGAAGAAGAAGAAAGGAAAAACCAAUGCGGUUUUGAAGCUGAACUAUGGGUUUGUUCUGGGUCAGAUUGUGAUUAGGUUUUUCAGGAGGGUGGAGAGGAAGCUGCUUAGGACGUUUAUUAAGAGGAAGUAUCUUGAUCCCUUGAACACAAGCUCCCAGAUUGAGCCUCUGCUGCCUUUCCCACUAGUUAUGAAAGAUGAUGAUCAUGCUCUUGUCCCUAAUCUUAAUGAGGAUGAUAUCUCAUUUUGCCCACUUUGUGAUUUCGAGGUGAAAAAGCAUAGUAAGCACUGCAGGACCUGCAAUCGCUGCGUGGAAGGGUUUGAUCACCAUUGCAGGUGGUUGAAUAACUGUGUGGGGAAAAGGAACUACACGACGUUCUUUCUUCUGAUGAUUUUCGUCCUGUUAAUGCUUAUCAUUGAAGGAGGGGCUGCAAUUGCUAUAUUUGUCAGGUGCUUUGCAGAUAAAAGAGGAAUAGAAAAAGAGCUUCAGAGGAAGCUUUUUGUGAAGUUUCCAAGAGAAGUUCUUGCUACCAUAUGUGUAUUGCUUCUCUUAUUUACAGCUUAUGGCUCAGCUGCACUGGGGCAGCUUUUCUUCUUUCACGUGGUCCUGAUAAGAAAGGGGAUGAGGACCUAUGACUAUAUUUUGGCGAUGAGAGAAGUGGAUCAAUCCAUGGAAUUGGAAUCAAUUGAUGAUUCUGAUUUCUCAUCAGAUGAAAGCAUUGAUUUUGACUCACCUGAGAAGCCAACCCUGAUGUCAAGGUUUCUAUGCAAAGGACAGAGUGAAAACCAGAGCUCACCUAGGUUGUCUAUCAGGAUUGACAAUGAAACCGAAUCCAUCAAGACAAAGAAGUUUCAUGUCAGCAUUAACCCAUGGAAACUCUUGAAGUUUACCAGAGAUAAAGCCCUAAUGGCAGCUGAGAAAGCCAGGGAUAGGCUUCUGAAAGAAAAGCAGACUGGAGAACAUAAUUCAUUGAGACCUCUUCCACUCGAGACAAAAUUUGGUCCUUUGAUGAAUGCAGAUAAAAACAUGGGCAAUGAGGGUUAUGGCUCAACACCUUUUAUAGCAAAAGGAAAACUUUCUGUAUCGCCAGUAAGCUUUUCAAGCCCAAGGAGGAGAUUCUCUGCUGGCUCACCAAAUGUGUUCUCUAGCAGCAUGAUGGUGUCUCCACAACACAAAUAUAGAAGCAGUUUUGACUUGAAGUUAACAGGUGUAUCCAGGGAGCUUGAAACACAUAUUUCAGGGCAGGUUCUUUGUUCAGUUAUCAGCAAAGAUGGAAGUGAACCAUCCCCAAGAUAGGCAUAUUGUAUUUUAGAAGUUGAGGUUCUCAACCUUAGAGAAAGAUUUGUUUAUAUGUCCAUUUUCUGUGUAACAUUGACUCCUUAUAAUUUUAUACAUGGGAUGGUUAAUCUAUAAGUGUAACAUGGUUUUCUGUUUAA